AUGGGUUCAGGGAAAGAAUACCUUUUCGUCAACACCAGCAAUGAUCCGUCUGCAGAGCAAAAAUACCUAGGCCAAGUCAGGGGUUUCUUGAUGCGCAAUAUACGCGCCAAUCAGGAAUGGCCAAAGCGCAGAGUAUCUCAUACAAGGGGCCGUGAAGACGAUGCUCAUGGAUCAAUUGAUCUUGAGAGUGACCACCACUCUAUACCUACAGAGCAAUCCUUCUAUCUGAAAUGCUGUGAUGAGUGGAUGCUCGAUGACUACGGAACGCUCGGAGACAACAUGGCAGUUGAAAGCCCUGCUGAGGACAUGGAACCUUCUGCUUUAUUCGGGCAGAGCCAAAAGCAUCACGGCACGUCUCAUGCUGGGCAGCACUGCAUAUGCGCCAAGUGUCGUAACCGGGACUUUUCUGAAUUGCCUACGUCUGCUAUCAGAAAAUGCCCGAUAGACCCAUUUGGAAGCCUUGCAGUUCCAUUAGAUGCCAGUGUCGGUGAUCUCUUAGCCUUCUUCAUGGAUGCUAUAUCCUCCGAGAUGACUCCCAUUACGGGCAAGAUACGGGUCUCUCAGAUACAUCGGGACUGGUUGCAGCCAUCGUUCAGCCACCCAGCCUUUAUGCAUGCAAUCCUAUCGCUUACAGCACUUCAAUUAGCAGCAGUACAACCUCAACGGAGAGACCAUUACUCCGGUUUGACGCUGCACCACAGAGGACGAGCCAUUAUUGGGGUGCAGCACAAUCUGGCAGACCCAACCCUUGCCAUAUCUGAUGAAAAUAUAGCCGCGGUGUUUAAUCUUCUCUGUGUGGAAGAAAACAUGUUCUUACCCAUAUUCACCGCUACUAGCCUCUUCAAACCCGAUAUCAAUCAGAGGCAGGCUCACAUGCAAGGGUUGAAAGAGAUGAUACGUCUCAGGGGAGGGGUCCAUGGCCUAGGCUCCUUCAAACCACUGCAACACUUAUUAAUCAGACAUUCUGUACCAAGAGCCGCCAUAUCAUUUCAAACAGCCAAGCUACUGCCGUCGAACUUGAUCGAUCAACUGUUUCAUAACUACCCCAAAUCCUCCAGAUUCUACGGCGAGGCCGGACCUAUGUGGCAACAAAGUAGUCGCAUUGGCGUAGACAGCAAGCUGCUGGACCUGAUCCGCACCGUGGAGUGUCUUUUGCAGGAUACUCGUGCCUGGUUUGAAGCACCGGAUACUAGUCCCUUCGACACUCUCGACCUCAACACGAUAUACUCAAUGAUAAUUAGCAUGUGUGUCCGCUGGUACCUGACCACCGAAAGCGAAGGCCGUCUGAAAGCCGUCGACGCUAUUCUUGGGCUUUGUUUGAUGCAAUUUACAGCAUUCCUGUGUCGCUCUACGUGUCCCGCUAGGUACAGUGGACCCAUUUCUGUCCUUGAGCGACUGAAUGAGCACUUGUUCUAUCAUUACCACGAAAAUAUGGCUGUUCUCCACGCUGCAAAUCUGGAUAUCUGGGUAGGGAUAUUGAUCGUUCUAAGCUCGGAUGGCAUAUCCGGUUAUCAAGACAUCUUUUGGAACAUUUAUAUGGAGAUAAUUGCCAAGAACCGCGCGACCGAUGGAAUGAAGCUCUUUGUGGCCACCUACCCUGGAGACUCCCACAUUAGUCAUCUUCUCGUCUUAUGCCUCGCUAUCCGCUUUAACAGAGCCAAAGAAACCUUGAUUUGUGCAUUCGCAACUCGAACGAUCAAUAUCAGGUUCGGCCGCCUUUGCCUGUAUGAAGGCAAUGCGGGACAGGAUUCGGCCCAUAGUAUCGUUCCGGAGGUGUCCGGUCCUAGUCGUUCUAGCUUAACAAUUCUCAAUGCCACGUUUGGAACAGCUCUACAGAAAGAAGCUCAUGGCAUUCUUGGAACACCGGAUGAGGUGCGCCAAACUGCAAAUACUUGGUUUAGUUCCGUUCAUCACAGGCUGCCCAUCAUAUCAGAGUCGAGGUUCCAUGAGAACUUGUCACGAUUAUUCAUUCCUUCGGGAAUAGACUUUACCACGCUUUGUUUGUGUAUGAAGCUCAUUCAACAAAAUCCCGUGCAACAAAAUGCAAGAACAGCGGAUAUUACAUCGCCACACUACCUUGUUGCCAAAAGCAGUAUUGGCUUUCUGGAGGCGGCAGGCUUUGAUACUCUGGAUACCAUUCAGUCUAGGCUGCUUCUAACCCUAUACGAGAUUGGCCAUGGGAUCUAUCCAGCAGCUUCUGUUUCGAUUGGUAGCUGUGCAAGAUUGGCUCGAAAUGUUGGCCUAAGCCGAGAUUCCUGGCAUUCACAAGAUACUGAUGUGGAAGAAAGGAAGCGGACAUGGUGGGCUGUGCACAACCUUGAUAGAUUUACGGCUCUAUGUGGCGGGGAUGCGAUGUUUGCUUCCGAAGACGCCACAACAGAAACUCAUCUGCCUUCAAGCGAUGAACAGGUAUCAUCCACAGCUACUUCAGAAACUUCUACAUCGACAAUCUCUACUCCAGCUCCAUUUCAUGUGGGACCGUUUGCGAGAGAGUGUCAAGUAGCGCACCUCAUAGGCCGUGUUAUUCAGCACGUCUAUCAUCCUGUUACUGAUGUCGACUUCCGCUCUCGCGAGCGCGCUCAACUUGAGCGCACGUUGAAGGCAUUUCUACCAAUCCUGAUUGACGAAGAACUAGAAUUCAGCACCUAUUGCGGAGCUCUGGGAAUGUGUAUUAGUUCUCUCUAUGCAUUAUACAUUCCACCAAUUGUCCGUAAUGAUCUUGACAGUGGCUGGGACUACGAAAAUUUGGAAAUCGUUUCCACGCAGAUGGCGGCACUUUCACAGCACCUACUCAAAAGCGCCGAGAAUGAAUCUAAUCUCAUAAUGAUGUCGCACUUCAUUCCGUAUUCCUUGUAUCAAACUGCUGCAAUACAGCUGAAUUUAUAUCGGAGAAGCCAAAAUAUCACCUUCAAGGCAAACGCUGAGUCAAUUAUUCAAAUAUUGACUUACAUGAGCAAAAGAUGGCACACCGCAGCUAAGUACUUGACGGCAAUAGAGCUCGAUAACCCGCCAAUGACGCUGCCGCCCCAGGGUUUUUAUCUCAGUGUUUCAAACCUGGAUAACAAUUCUACUACUCAAUAG